AUGCAUUUCGCUAACCUCUUACUCAUCGUUGUCUUCGCCACUGGUGUCUUCGCUCACCCCGGUGCCCAUGGAGAGCUUGUCGACAGGGCAGAGCACGAAGCCCGUAUCCUCCAGGCCAGGAAAUGCGCUGCUGAGAUCGCCCAAUUCGAGCAGAUGCGUCGCGAACUCCGUGACCCACAGCUUAAGAAGAGGCAGACCGCCACCACCACUGCUCCAACUCCGCACUACACAACGAUCCAAAACUCAACUUGUAUUACCGCUCCUGAAGUCGUCGAGGGUCCGUACUACAUUGGUAACGAGUACAUCCGCUAUGACCUUCGAGAGACCCAGCCAGGUGUGAAGCUCGUUCUCGACGUCGGUGUUAUCGACACCACCACAUGCCGGCCUUUUACCAAUGCUUUUGUCGAGCUUUGGGCCGCCAAUUCCACAGGUGUCUACGGUGGGUACGGAGCAGGUGGUAACGUCAAGAAAGACACAUUCCUCCGUGGCGGUCAUUUUACGAACGCCCAGGGAAUCGUCGAGCUCACCACGUCGUAUCCCGGCUUCUACCAGGGCCGUACUGCUCACAUCCAUACCAUGGUGCACAAGAACUCGCAGCAGCAGAACAACGGGUACGGCACUUUCUUCCAAAUUGCCGUCGUCGCUGACCCGUUCUUCCUGGUCCAUAGUACGAUAAUUUCAGCGUCUGGUACACUCACCCACAUCGGCCAAUUCUUCUUCGACGAGUCCUGGAACGACAAGGUUUAUACGACAUCCCCUUACACCCUUAAUACCCAGCGUCGUACCUUGAACAGCCAAGACGGGAUCCUUCGAAGCGCUGGUGAUGCAGCCUUUGUCAAUCUCCAGAAUCUCGGCGGCUCGCUCAGCGACGGAUUGCUCGGAUACAUCACCGUUGCUGUCGAUGGAAGCAAGGCUUACACCUUCCAGAACAAGAACGUCCUCUGA